AUGCACUUCAACCGCGUCGCCCUCUCCCUCGCCGCCGCCGCCUUCGUGCAGGCCGACCUCCAGCUCGACAACGACGACAUCCCGACGCAGUGCAACGCCGUGUGCCGCCCCAUCUUCAGCCUCGGCCAGGCCUGCGAGGUCAACGACGACCUGAUCAACAACGACCUCACCGAGGACCGCCUUGAGGCCCAGUGCGUCUGCACCAACAACAGCAUCAACGUCGCCCAGUACGCCGCCCUGUGCGCCAGCUGCAUGGACCAGAACGUCCAGGACCGCGACGACCUCGAUGACAUCAACGACAUCCUGAGGACCUGCGGCUUCGCCAGCACCUCGUACGUCGCCACCGCCUCCUACGCCUCCACCACGCCCUCCGUCUCCGCCGUCCGCCCCACCAACUCGGCCCAGCUGACCACCACCAUCACCCCGGGAUCCGGCGCCGGCUCCGGUGCCUCCCCGACGCAGUCCUCCGGCUCCGGCUCCGGCUCCGGUAACAACAACAACAAUGGCGGCGGCAGCAGCGCCACCCCUACCAACGGCAACAACAACCAGGCCACCCAGACCCCCAACGCCGCCGGCGUCGUCUCCCCCCAGGGUCUCGGCCUGCUCGGUGCCGCCGCCGUCGGCGCCCUCUUCUUGUAG